CACUUCUCUUUUUUCUUUAUUUUUUCUCUUUCCCAGGGGAAAAAGAUGUGAUCAUCCUGGGAGAUUUUAACCAGGCUCCCGACAGCAGCGACCACGACAUACUGAGGAAGGAGAAGUUUCAUCACUUGGUCCCUUCAAAUACGUUUACCAAUAUCAGCACAAAGAACCCCCAGGGAUCGAAGUCAUUGGACAACAUGUGGAUCAGCCGGAGUUUGAAGAAGGUUUUCACAGGUCACUGGGCUGUUGUGCGAGAAGGUCUUACGAACCCAUGGAUCCCUGAUAACUGGUCCUGGGGUGGAGUAGCCUCGGACCACUGCCCCGUGCUAGCUGAAUUUUACAUGGAAAAAGACUGGAGCAGGAAGGAGGUGACACGGAAUGGAAACGGGGUGACCGUUGAGCGCGACUCGAACACUAAGCAUGAACGAUGACUUGAACAGGAGGUGUCUCUCCUGUUCCAAGGGUCAGCCCAUGGCUCUGCUUGCUGGAGACUCAGCUGCGGAGCAGAAGAGCUGCUUCCUCCUCUCCCUCCUUCACUUGUCCUCCCCAUGUCCAGAAAGCAUCAGCACUUGCCUUUGAUGGCUCUCGCUCCGUGCCCUCCAUGGAGGGCACCACCCCAGCUCUGGGGUGUCUGACGGCAAUAGAGUGGUCUGUAACUUUUUAUAGGGAUGCAAUGGACCCAACUCCAUUCCUGGAGAUUUGGAUGAGAAUUGUACAGAAAAUAAAGCGUACUUUUAAUGCUGUA